UCGGAGGAGGCUGUACCUGAGCGUACAGCUGUGCUCCGUGGCUAACAGUACGAGCUAACAGCUAACCUCCGCGGUGAAAGUAUCGGGAUCCGCUGAUCCAACAAGAAACAUCGACAGCUACUCUGAGACUCUGAGUUAAACAUGGGAAAAGGCGGAGGCACAUUUGAGAGGCUUCUCGAUAAAGCCACCAGUCAAUUGCUUCUGGAGACUGAUUGGGAAUCCAUCCUGCAGAUCUGUGAUCUCAUUCGACAGGGAGACACACAGGCUAAAUAUGCUAUCGGGGCCAUUAAAAAGAAGCUGAAUGACAAAAAUCCACAUGUGGCUCUUUAUGGACUUGAGGUCCUGGAGUCAGUGGUGAAGAACUGUGGCCAGACAGUGCACGAUGAGGUGGCGAGUAAGCAAACCAUGGAGGAACUGAAAGAUCUACUGAAGAAGCAGACAGAACCAAAUGUCAGAAACAAGAUCCUCUACCUGAUUCAAGCCUGGGCUCACGCCUUCCGUAAUGAACCCAAAUAUAAGGUGGUUCAAGACACCUAUCAGAUCAUGAAAGUGGAAGGUCAUGUUUUCCCCGAGUUUAAGGAGAGUGACGCCAUGUUUGCUGCCGAGAGAGCCCCUGACUGGGUCGACGCUGAGGAGUGCCACCGGUGCAGAGUCCAGUUUGGUGUUAUGACAAGAAAGCACCACUGUCGAGCCUGUGGCCAGAUUUUCUGUGGCAAGUGUUCGUCUAAGUACUCCACCAUUCCGAAGUUUGGCAUCGAGAAGGAAGUGCGUGUGUGCGAGCCCUGCUUUGAGCUGCUUAACAACCACCCCUCCCUCUCUCCUCCACUUAGGAAAGCUGAAGGAAAAGCCCCUCCCUCAGGCUCUUCUGAACUGCCACCUGAAUACCUAACCAGCCCACUGUCCCAACAAUCUCAGAUGCCCCCCAAGAGAGACGAGGCUGCCCUGCAGGAGGAGGAGGAGCUGCAGCUGGCCAUUGCCCUUUCUCAAAGUGAGGCUGAGGAGAAGGAGCGAAUGAGACAAAAGAACUCAUACUCGAUGUAUCCCAAAGCUGAUCCCGUCCCAGUGACUUCUUCAGCACCCCCAGUCAGCACCCUCUACACUUCCCCUGUGAACUCCUCUGCUCCAUCAGCUGAAGAUGUAGAUCCUGAGCUGGCUCGUUACCUGAACAGAACAUAUUGGGAGAAAAAACAGGAAGAGGCUCGCAAGAGUCCCACCCCUUCAGCCCCUGCCCCUGUGACAUUGGCUGAGCCACUUCCAUCCAUCACUCAGCCUGCAGAAAGUCACGUCCCUGUCCAGCCUGUCAGCAUUGUAGAGCAGCAGUAUCAGAAUGGUGAAUCAGAGGAGAACCAUGAGCAGUUUCUGAAGGCUCUGCAGAAUGCUGUCACCACCUUCCUCAACCGCAUGAAGAGCAACCACAUGCGUGGGCGCAGCAUCACCAAUGACAGCGCUGUGCUCUCACUCUUCCAGUCCAUCAACAAUAUGCACCCACAGCUGUUGGACAUCCUCAACCAGUUAGAUGAGAAGCGAUUGUAUUACGAGGGGCUGCAGGACAAGCUGGCUCAGGUUCGUGAUGCACGGGCAGCCCUCAACGCGCUCCGGGAUGAACACAGAGAGAAGCUGCGCCGCGCUGCAGAGGAAGCAGAGAGACAGAGGCAGAUCCAGCUGGCACAAAAACUGGAGAUCAUGAGGCAGAAGAAACAGGAGUACCUGGAGAUGCAAAGACAGCUGGCUAUUCAGCGCCUCCAGGAGCAGGAGAAAGAGAGGCAGAUGCGAUUGGAGCAGCAGAAGCACACCAUCCAGAUGCGGGCCCAGAUGCCUGCUUUCUCUCUGCCCUACGCUCAGAUGCAGUCUCUGCCCCCCAAUGUUGCCGGAGGGGUGGUAUACCAACCUGGUGGUCCACCCAGCUACCCAGGCACCUUCAGCCCUGCUGGUUCUGUGGAGGGUUCACCUAUGCACAACAUCUAUAUGAACCAGCCAGGGCAGAGUGCACCACCACAGUACCAGGCUAUGCCUGGUGCUGCCACAGAUCCCAAUAUGGUUAAUGCAUACAUGUACCAGCCUGCAGGCACCAAUGGGCAGCCCACUCCUCCUCCUGGCCAGGCUCCACCCACAGCUAGUCCACCCUACUCCACCUAUCAGCCCACACCUACGCAGGGUUAUCAGAACGUGGUCUCUCAGGCACAGAGUAUGCCCCCCAUGUCCCAGGCAGCCCCCACUAACGGUAUGGGUUACAUGAGUUACCAGCCAUACAAUAUGCAGACAAUGAUUUCAGCAUUGCCCGGACAGGACCCCAAUAUGCCCCCCCAGCAGCAGUACAUGCCAGGCCAGCAGCCCAUGUACCAGCAGGUUGCUCCCCCUGGUGGCCCCCAGCAGCAACAACAACAACAGCAGCAGGCGCCGCAGCAGGCACCUCAAGCCGUGCCGGGCAGUGCAGAGGCACAGCUCAUCUCCUUCGACUGAAAGGCGACACGCUGCGGGGUCCAACACACUACAGUUUCUCUCCCCGUUUGGUCUCUUUCUUCCCUCUCUGGACUCUGAGGAUACCCUCUGGAAACACACACAUAAUUCCCACUUUCCACCUUGCUGUGAUGUUGUGGCAAUGUGAAAUAUUGUGAUGAUGUUGCAGAACUGUUGCUCUCCUUGCCUCCUCCCCCACUGAAGUGUAGGAAUUGGGGGUAAAGCUGCAAUGGGAAGCGCCAUAAUCAAGACCCUUCACCCUCCUCCUUCUUUCCAGUUGAUAUGUAUGUAGUUUCUCCUUAUUAAAUGAAUAACUGAAGAGCAGAAAUAGUCAGUGGUAUUAAAGUUAAAAUAUGAUAAUUUAGGAGAUUAAAAAAAGAAGACACAACCAUCUUUUGUCUCAUAUUUUUCUAAAUCAAUAUUUGCAUGUUAAAAUUUCAGUUCUUUUCUGGAAUGGAAGCAGAUUAUUUCAACAUGUUUUAGCAGUUUAGGAAGUGACUGAGAAACAUCUGUGUGUGCUGUUAAGAUGCUGUGGGUGUGUCGAGAGAGAGAGUGGUCUCUGGAGAGUGAAAACAAUCAGAGCCCUGGAAAAAAUGUAAUGCAUCUGCAUCAGAUUCACAGCCUAACAUUCCAGCUGUAGUUCUCAUAUCAUCCCUUCUCAUGAUCACAAAUUAGGGUCUUCUUUUAUUUUAUUUUUUUGGCAUUUAUUUGUCGUGCGCUGCUUCAACUGUGUGUUAAUAUAGUUUCAGAGAUGAUGCAGGGAUUAGUGCGUUACCGGAGUAUCAUUACGGAGUGUUUAGAAAAUUAGCUGGGUGGUUGUUUAGUCUCAAUUAUACUUACAUAAAUUAAAAUUCACAAUUAGUAACUAUAAAAUAUUCAUACUAAACGCAGUCCAGCAAUUCUCAUAGCAACUUGGAUUCCUUUUGUUAAAGCAACUUGUGUUGCCAAACAUCAGUCGGCAUCACAAAACAGAAGCAUAUGACCUUAACCUGUAAUAAAGUGCAAGCUGCCUCCAAGUGUCCCAGCCUGCGUCCUUUUAGUUGUAAUUGUCACACACAAAGAUACCAAUGUUGUAAGUACAGGUGGGCACUCUUUCUAAAGUGUACUUGAGUAUCCAGAAGAGAAGAAAUGCUUGCAGAGCAAACAUGAAGUGUUGCAUGUAUGUAUCACACACCCAGUCAGUGAUUUCUGUAACUCUUCAGUUGGCGUCUGU